AUGUUAACAGCUGCAGCGAGACCAGACAGUUCCCCGAGCAUCGUCGGAGAUGGUAUCGGGGAACACGACGUCGAAGAGUCGCUUUUGGAAGCGCAACGCCUUCGGACGCAGGAACGUAGUCAGGUUUCCGGUGUAGACCACAUGACGAAUAUUCCUGAACUCUCCAAUAGUGGAGCCAUUCCGGGCCCUUCUCCGCAAGCUGGACAUGGCGCAGCAGACGAUAGAACCAGCGGUGCGAGGGGUAGUCAAAUAGAAGGUUUUGGGCACGUCAGUCGUGGUGAAGCGGCAGCGGCAGAGCCUGGGGUCAGCCGGGCUGGCAUGAGACGCGCCAGCUCAGGUCAGUCGGCCCCAUCUUUAGGCCUGCAGAGCGAAGGAACCGCUUCGUUAGCUGAACGUGUGAAGCCGUUCUCUCCAGGCGGGCAGGCUCAGCGUGAGGACGUCGCGCGAACAAUGCACCGCAAGAUGCAGCCAACGGAACUAUACACCGCAGUUGCGGCCGGUCCGAGCCAAGCACAGGUACUAGAUGCAGUGGAGAACGGCGGUGAUCCCCAACAGGCUGGACAGUCGGAUCAGCUUCCUUCAGGGGAGGCUGAUGAACGGCAACCCCCGUACAAUCAUUUAAGCAACGUGGACGGAGGUUAUCCGUGGGAGCCGCGUUUUGGAAGCCACAACGAGAACCUAUACGACUUCUCGUACGAUGAUGGUGUUGAUUCGCCUAUUCUAUCAGAUGCGUACCUCCCGGAUUACAGUGGUAGCUUAUUAGACGAUGAUCCGUUUGUGGAAGGGCUUACUCCUCAUGUGCUGCUGACCUCUGCCGAGCGGCGCUGCGCGUUGGAUCCUUCGCCACCUACCGUUCUCUAUACUCCUGGCGUGCGACCAGAAGAACUGGAAGCUCUCAAUCUCGUCGCCGUAAGAGACGAAGGAUUUUUUGAACUGAAGCGUCAGGACGCAGGCCUUCUUAUUUGUCCCUCCCGCCGUCGUGGCGAGCGCGUCCUCUUUCGCUCUCUUCGGCUCGAAAACGGAGAAUUGGUGGGCGACAUGGUAUUCGUCGAUCCCCAUAGCCACCUCAACGUGCUCCAGGAGGCGCACCCAGGCAACAGGGGAAGUGUAAGAAGGGAGGAAAGAUCGGGGAGCCAGGUAGCAGAGUCGGGGUCUCAAACGCACGUCCCACGUUCAGACACUGAAGGUUCUGGUGGGCGAUCUGAUGGCGCGAGGAGAAGUUAUCUGUCGUCCGUGAUGUGUUUUAUCUCGAAACGGUUCUGCCAAAAAGGGGCGAAACAGUCACAGCGAAGCACAAGAGAACCCGCGGCGUCUCAGAGACCCCGGAGGCAGGGGCGGCUUGUCGUUGCACAGGGUGUGCCACUGCGGAUGCUUCAUGGCAUCAAGCCGCUUGAAAUUUUUGACUGGAAAGUGAAAGAACGACUGUAUCGGCUUCGGCGAGAGCGCAACACGGAGGGGACUGCAGGUGAUGGCAGGUUGCCUCUACAUAGCUCACUCAGACCGACUUCGGGUGAAAACGCACCUGAGGUUGGUCCCAUGACCGGUACUGUGUUCCGCAAUGGAACGCAUGCCACUCAUUCGAUAGAAGGUGGUGGAUUUGGCGAAAACUCUAGUCGCCUUGCUUCGCAUGUGCCCGCGAGCGCGGGUGCUCGAGAUACUGUAAACGACCAAGCGCUGCCACCGGCAUCUGAGCCGGCGCCGGCUCGGCGGCUCAGCAGAAACGAUGGCUUCGAGUACGCAGCGGACCCAGGUGCGACGGGAGCACGCAUGGCAGGCGCGAUGGAUGAGGCCGGUGGAGACUGGCAAGAGGACUUUGAAGACGAGCCCGAGAUUUACAUUCCUGAGUAUCUUUUCGACUUUCCAACGGAGCAUUCGCACGUCGAUAGCGAACUGAACACGUUGGAACAGGAGGCAACGUCGGUAGAUCUGAAGGCCACUGUGGUUUGCCUUGAGCGAGGUGUUCCUCCCCUCAUACUAAAAGAAUGGCCGAAAUUCUUAAAUGUAGUCAAGCUAGGGAAGGGCCUGCCACAAAGGCCGGUAGCCCCCUCGAAAUCAUCGGCCGUGUGGGGUGGAGCCCUGUUGGCCGCGUUGGCUGCUGGAAGUUACGCUGGCAAUAACCUCGUCAAGCCAUCCUCAUUAAAGUUUGACAGCCCAGACGAAAGGAAGCAGUCGUUUUCGUUGAUAGGCUUGUUAAGCCUGUUUGUGGCGGGGAGUGCCGCACUCGCCGCCACGACUGCCUGGAAAACGAGGACGGCGAUUUAUAGCAGUCACCUUCGUCACAACCUACGAGAGGAGCUCUUCCAAGACGCAGGCGAACAUGCUGGCGACAGCGCAGGACCUUUCAGGCAGGAUUUCAUCUUCUACUACGACCGCCGUUUUUACGCCCAACAACCACCACGGAAACAAUGA